AGCCUGAAUAAGAAAUUUAAAAAAGAAAACAAAAGAGAAACAGUGGCAGUACGCCGAUUCUAUUCUCUGCGCUCCUGUCACCCCUCCCAACAAUCGUAGCUUUCACGACCCAAACCUUCUGUCUUCUGUUUUCCGCCUCUCGAGGGUCUCUUUUUCUCCUACUAGAAAAGGCAGGGUGUGUAGGUUAGCUAACCUUCACCCCCAAGGAGGGAAUCGGAGGAAGAAGGAUGGAUGUUCGUCCGAGGAAAAGCAGAGAAACGAGUCCUGAUAGAGUGAGGAUGAGCAUGCAGACCAAGGUCAUGAAACCCACCUUCAGAAAAGUUCAGGUCUUGUAUUAUCUCAGCAGGAAUGGCCAGCUCGAACACCCCCAUUUCAUGGAAGUCUCUCAUCUAUCCAACCAACAGCUCCGUUUGAGAGAUGUGGUGGAUCGGCUAACGGUUCUUAGGGGCAGAGGCAUGCCUUCUCUCUUCUCAUGGUCUUGCAAAAGGAGCUACAAGAACGGGUACGUGUGGAACGAUUUGGCAGAGAACGAUGUGAUUUAUCCGGCGGAGGGAGCUGAAUACGUUCUCAAAGGGUCGGAGAUAAUAGAAGGGUGUGCAGAGCGUUUUCACCAGCUUCAAGUAAGCAAUAGGAAACAGAACCCAGAAGCGAAAUUCCUGCCCAAACGCGACCCACACGCUGGAAACCGAAGCCGAGGAAGUAGAGAGGAAGAAGCAGGAGAAGAAACGGGUGAGGAAGAGGAGGAGGAGGAGAAAGGAAGCAACAACAGCUCCAACACACUGCACUCCCGGUGUUCGAGAGGCGUCUCGACAGACGAAAUGGAAGAAAACGAGAACCCCAAAUCUCAGAAUAAUGUAACCGAGCUCGACAUGGACGACGGUUCUCCACCUUCGACCUCCUCGACGAUUUCCGAGAAAGCCCACAACAGCAAUUCCCAACGGUUCGAGGACUGUGACUCGGGCGCGGAGCCGAUGGGGACUCGGAACUCGGUCCUGCUGCAACUCAUCGCGUGCGGGUCUGUCCCUGCUACCAAGGGUAGGAAUGCGCCUGCCUUGAAACAGCCGACUGUUGCUGCUGCUGCUGCGAGAAAGAGCAGCAGCUUACACAAAGGGGUUCUCUGCAAGACCGCUACGAAAUUGAUGAUGGCGGAAGAAGACGAGAUAAAUUACAUGUCUGAGAACCCGAGAUUCGGAAAUCUGCAAUCGGAAGAGAAGGAGUAUUUCAGUGGGAGCAUCGUCGAGUCGAUGACGACGGAGAAGGACGAACCGGUAUUGAAGAAAUCUUCUUCGUAUAACGAAGAGAGGAGCUUGAAAUCGGAAAUGGGAAAAGCUGCUGAGAAGCGAGAGGAGGAGAAGUGCUAUGCAGGCAAAUGUAUUCCUCUGAAGAUAUCUUCUUGUAAGCAACACAAGAAAGGGUAGAAGGUAGCAGGUAGUACGCGGACUAUUAAGUGAUAUCUUUUAGCCAACUAGCUGAGCCAUGUGGAUCGACGUAAGGUCAUUCUUCGAAUAUUGGGCCCACCAAGAUGUGCUAUGGACGGUCUGUCUGACUUCGAUCUUUAAAAAUGAUCCUAGCCAUUACAUGAUUUAUCUGCUAUUGGAUUCAAUGGCUAGGAUUGUUUUUUGCAAGUCGUAGUCUGUUGCCAUGGUUAAUCAUGGGUGGGCUACUAGUGAAGGGUUCCCUUACGGUCGAUGCGCUUGCAUUCACUUGGGUAGCCCGCGGAGCACAGAAAGUAGGGAGGGGUGUGUAAUUAUCUGGAUCGACGGCGUACGUUAGUUUGAUGGGACUGGUAAUGUGGGUAAGACUUUUUGAGUGGAAUUGGAAAAAUCUUAUUUCGUAAUAAGUGAAAGGUGAUUCUCUGUGAUUGUGUCA